UGGUCACUGCUUACUGGACUACACGUGCUUCUAGAAAAUGACGUCUCUCUUCCGGAAUCCAGAAAACGAGAAUACUACGAUAGCAAAAAUUAGUAGUGGCCCAUCUGAAACGGAAAAAGAAAGUUUAUCAGCACAAUUUCAAGUCCACGAGAAUCAGCCCACCUCGUGCAGUAAUAAAACACAGGCCAGGAUGUUCUUGAGAAGACGAAUCGUAUUGCUGACAUUGGCUCUCAUUUUAGCCAUUGUUGUCAUCACCGUAACCAUUGUUGGACUCUUGAUCUCAUCAUAUAAUGAACGGCAGCAGGCAGAAGCAGAAGCUAGGGAAGCCACAGGCCCUUUUAUGGAAAUGGCAAAUGAAAAGAAAGUGAGUUCGAUAGCUGCAGGAUUUCCUGACGUAGGCGAUCCAGAUGCAGACAACGAACAAGAUACCUUUUUGCCAGUAUCACCAGCUAGAAAAAUUCCGGACACUGGUAGCGGUGUUAAGCCAUUGGCUGCUGAAAAAACUGCGAAACGCGGGAAAACACCUGUUCUUCACGUUAAAGACGAGGUGGAAAUAUUUUCCGAGUUGGGUAGUGGUGAUUCCUCCGGAGACCAACAUGAAGCUGGCAGCGGAGAUUCUUCCGGCGACCGGCAUGAGGUUGGCAAGGGCUGCGGCAGUGGUUGUGGCAGCGGAGCUGAACAGCAUCGAUUCCUAUAACUCGUCACAAGAAAACAAUGUCAUUCCGAAUUGGCCUUCUAUAGCUACAUAGUUCUGUAUAAUUAAAGCUGUUUUCCUUGUUAUUGUUUCCCUUUUGGUAAAUUUUGUAUGUUGUGAAACCCAUGUUGAUACAAAACAAAUUCUUGUACGUUCUAAACAUUCUCAUUAAACGACUGUUGCUAUA